UAAAGUGUAUCAGAAAAAAUUUACAUUUGUGAGUGAAAUAAUAAGAUAUUUUACAUUGAAUUACAUUACAUUUGGCAGAUGCUUUUGUCCAAAGUGACUUACAAUAAUGGUGUACAUUUACUAAUAGGAGCCUGUUCUGUCUGAAAAUCGCACUGAAAAAUUGUUUUUGUCAUUGCUGGAAUAGUUCGGUGGGGUUAGAGAAAAAGAGCAGUCUGGUGCAGCUUGAAGUUUCCUGUGCGCCCUGUUAGAAUGCCUGGUGUUAUUUGAAAAUCAGCACAACCAGACUGACUUUUAAUUCUGUGCGUUGGUGUGAAAUGAGGGGGUUUGCCGCUCAAUUGAAACUCUCAAUUGUUAUUGCUGAGAUCAUUAUUUUAGUAAUGAGUUUAGUAGUAUUGAUUUGAUUUUUGUAGUAUUUAUAGCAUGUGUCUCCAUUUCUGGGAGAGAAGAAACAGCUUGCAUUUGAAAACCUUCAAAAAUUCUUCUUAUUUCCAAACCAGGGUCAGUGCUCAAAUUACAUGCCUAUUAGGUUGAGAGGAGGAGAGGAAAUCUGUUCUGGGAGGUUGGAGGUGUAUCAUAAUGCUGAGUGGGGGUCUAUAUGUGCUGAUCUGUGGGACAUCAGGGAUGCUCAGGUGAUCUGCAGGCAGCUGGGUUGUGGGCCGGCGCUGAGUGCUAAUAGAAGAGCUGUUGAUGGUUCUGGUGGAGGAACUAUCUGGAUGAACAGAGUGAAGUGUAGAGGGAAUGAGAUUCACCUGUGGGACUGUCCUCAUUCCCUGAAGAUCCACACUGGCUGCUCCCAGAGUGCUGGAGUCACCUGUGCAGACAUAUUUGUCACAUUACCUUUUUCAUCUGAAACAACUACAACUUACACCACAGUACCAGCACAGCUAACAGAGAAAAAGACAGUCCCUCCUUCAAAAAAUCUAUCAUCUAAUUUUCCAUACAUCUAUCCAGUGUCUCUCCUGGUUCUGGGAUCUGUGCUCUUCCUGGCCUUAGUGCUUCUGGUUGUGCUGUUUUAUCAGAACAGAGUGCUCAGGAGAGUGAUUUCUAAGGCGAGGAGGAAGACUCUGCUUGAGGCAGUCUAUGAAGAGAUUAACCAUAAAUGUGUCACUAACAGAUAUACUAAAAGAGGAAGUUUUAUCUCUGAAGAUCAGCAUUCAGGAUAUGAGGACGUAGAUGAGGAGCUUCUCUCAGAAAACUAUGGCGAGGUCUAUGAUGAUAUCAUACCUGCUGAAGAGAGCCCACACAUUACAACAGACAGUGUGAGGUUGGUGGAUGGUGGGAGCCGCUGUGCUGGGAGAGUGGAAGUUCUUCAUAGAGGACAUUGGGGAACAGUUUGUGAUGAUUACUGGGAUAUGAGAGAUGCUGCAGUGGUGUGUAGAGAGCUGGGCUGUGGGGAAGCCAUAGAUGCACCACGGAGAGCUCGCUUUGGAUCAGGAUCAGGACCGAUCUGGGUGGAAUAUGCUAACUGUGCUGGAUCAGAGUCUUCACUGAAGAACUGUAGGUCGUAUGAUUGGGGUAGACAGAGAUGUAAUCAUGAUGAAGACGCUGGUGCUGUUUGUGCAGAAGUCAGACUGGUGGGCAGAUCUCACUGCUCUGGGAGAGUGGAGGUUCUUCAUGGAGAGAGCUGGGUCACAGUGUGUGAUGCUGACUUUGACCAGCAGGGUGCAGAGGUUGUGUGUCGAGAGCUGGGCUGUGGUUCUCCUGUGGAGGUUCUGGGAGCAGCUGCUUUUGGUAGAGGGGAGGGUCAGGUGUGUUUAGAGGAGCUUCAGUGUAGAGGCAGAGAAUCACAGAUUCACUUCUGUCCAAAAUCAUCUUCACUCAAACACAACUGCUCCCAUGAUAAUGAUGUGGGACUGGUGUGUGCUGACAGUGUGAGGUUGGUGGAUGGUGGCCAUCGCUGUGCUGGGAGAGUGGAGUUUUUUUAUAACAGAACAUGGAGAUCAGUGUGUGGUAAAAACUGGGAUAUAAGAGAUGCUGCAGUGGUGUGUAGAGAGCUGGGCUGUGGGGAGGCUGUAUUUAAAAAUGUUCAGUUUGGACCAAGAUCAGCCUGGAUGGAUGAUGUGAACUGUAGUGGAUCAGAGUCUUCAGUGAAGCACUGUAGAUCAGCUGGAUGGGUGGAACAAAUUUGUAAUCGACUUGCUGGAGUCAUCUGUUCAGGGGUCAGAUUGGUGGGCAGAUCUCGCUGCUCUGGGAGAGUGGAGGUUCUUCAUGGAGAGAGCUGGGUCACAGUGUGUGAUGCUGACUUUGACCAGCAGGGUGCAGAGGUUGUGUGUCGAGAGCUGGGCUGUGGUUCUCCUGUGGAGGUUCUGGGAGCAGCUGCUUUUGGUAGAGGGGAGGGUCAGGUGUGGUCAGAGGAGCUUCAGUGUAGAGGAAACGAAUCUCAUAUGUACCUCUGCCAGACAUCUCCUUCCUUGAAACCCAACUGCUCUCACAACAAGGAUGUGGGACUAAGAUGCUCUGGUCACACUCAGGCUCGGCUGAUGAACGGCUCAGAUUCCUGUUCUGGUCGAGUGGAGCUCCAGUACCUCAGUGAGUGGGGUACAGUGUGUGAUGUAAGCUGGGAUAUGAGAGCUGCCAGUGUCCUCUGUGCUCAGCUGAAGUGUGGGAGUGCUGUGGCUGUGUUGGGGUCAGACUGGUUUGGGGAGGGGAGUGGCCGGAUCUGGGCUGAUGUGUUUGAUUGUCAGGGAAACGAAACACACCUGUUAAAAUGUCCCAUUUCAUCAUGGAGUCGAACUGCAUGCUCUCAUGAACAGUAUGCUGGAGUUAUCUGUAGUGGUUCUUCUCUGGCGUCUCAUGAGGGAGGAGUGCGGUUGUCUGGAGGGAUGGAGUGUGAGGGGGAAGUGGAGGUGUUCUUCAGGCAGGACUGGAGGAGAGUUCUGCUGGACUCCUGGAGUGAGUCUGAGGCCUCUGUGGUCUGCAGACAGCUGGGCUAUGGUUCUGUACUCAACAUCUCCAGCUCCUCUUCAUCCAGUCCUGAACACAGCUACAUGUGUGUGACGGGUUUCAACUGCUCUGGGAGUGAAGCUCAUCUGAGGAACUGCAGCAGCUCACAAGCAGUUAACUGCAGCUCCACAGUACAGCUCUACAUCACCUGCUCUGGUACAUCUAACACAGUCCACAGCUCCAUCAGGCUGGUUGGUUCUGGGGGAGACUGUGCAGGAAGGCUGGAGGUUUUCCACAGUGGAUCAUGGGGGACAGUGAGUGAUGAAUUGUGGGAUAUUGAGGAUGCGCAGGUGGUCUGCAGACAGCUGCAGUGUGGAGUGGCCCUCAGUGCUCCAGUACCGGUACCAGCCCGGUUUGGAUCUGGAACUGGACCCAUUUGGCUUAAUGAGGUGGAGUGUGAGGGGAACGAGGCGUCUCUGUGGAACUGCAGAUAUCAGCUGUGUGGAGAGGAUGAAUGUGGACACAAGGAUGAUGUAGGAGUCGUGUGCUCAGAGUAUAAAGAGAUCAGACUGACUGAGGGCUGUGAGGGGAAUCUGGAGGUGUACUGUAAUGGAACCUGGGGGAAUGUGUGUGUAAAUGGGAUGACUGAUGAAACGGCAAAAUUGAUCUGUCGAGAGCUGAACUGUGGAAGAACUGGCAGUGAGUCUUGGUCUAAAGCAAGAGUGGAAUCAGCUCCUAACUGGCUGGAUAAUGGAAAAUGUAGGAAACAUGACUCCACUCUGUGGCACUGUCCAUCUUCUUCCUGGGGGGAGAACAGGUGUGAUAAUCGCAAUGAGGUUGCUUGCAUUACCUGCUCAGAGAAUGGAAAUACACUAGAUUUGACAAAUUGGCUGUGUGAUUCAUCUCCUCAUGAGAGACCGUGCUCAAAGCACAUUCCUCUGAGGCUGAGGGGAGGAGUAGGAAGCUGUUCUGGAUGGCUGCAGGUGUAUCAUAAUAAAACAUGGGGGUCUGUAUGUGGUGAUCUCUGGGACAUCAGGGAUGCUCAGGUGAUCUGCAGGCAGCUGGGUUGUGGGCCGGCGCUGAGUGCUAAUAGAAGAGCUGCUGAUGGUUCUGGUGGAGGAACUAUCUGGAUGAACAGAGUGAAGUGUAGAGGGAAUGAGAUUCACCUGUGGGACUGUCCUCAUUCCCUGAAGAACCACACUGACUGCUCCCACAGUGCUGGAGUCACUUGUGGAGGCUUCCUGUAUCAUACUUUGCCUUUAAAUAAUAAAAGAGGACAGAUGGGACAUUUUGUCUUGCAAGAUUCUCAACCACAGACAAGAAGAAUCAUACUUCCACAAACUCCUCCACCAGCUGUUCCCUCCAUCUAUCCAGUGUCUCUCCUGGUUCUGGGAUCUGUGCUCUUCCUGGCCUUAGUGCUUCUGGUUGUGCUGUUUUAUCAGAACAGAGUGCUCAGGAGAGUGAUCUCUAAGAGGAGGAAGACUUCAGCUGAGCCUGUCUAUGAGGAGAUUGACACCAGGCUCAUCCCUAAAAGAAUUACUGUCUCAACUGAAACCUCCUUCUGCUGAUCUUCCUCUUUCGGGUGGGGAUGGAGACGGUGGAGAGGCAAGUGCUGCUGCUUGAGCUCCAGGACACUGAAGAUGCUGGGUCUUCGGGGACUGGGCCUGAAUUUACAGAAGAGAAAGAUCUGUAGAUUUACUUUCACAUAGUUACUGUAGUCCUGUAAUAGUUUAUCCAAAUAAGAAGAUCUACAGUUCUCCAUAGUUCAUACAUUUGUCUCAUUAACAUACACUGUUUUUAGCUUGUAUGGGAUCCUGGGCAAACCCCUGAUUCAGCACUUCUCUCAUACCAUUUUAUACACUGCCUGUAUUUGUAAUUAAUGUACUAAACUAGAAAUGUCAAAAAAGUAACCAAAUAAAUAACUUUACUGCAGGAUACACACUAUCAUGAUGAAAUAAUAGAAUUAGUAAAACAACUAUUUUUUUUAAACAAGCAAGCCUGGAUGAAAAUGUUCAGAACAGAGAAUUAAGAAUGACAAGUAUUUAAAAUUAAGUACAGAUACAGUCCAUCAUUCAUUCUGACAGGUGACUUUAAUUUAGUUUUAGUCUUUUGUUUGUCACACUUUAGUCAUUUAGUCAACAAAACAUUUAAGCCUAGUCUAGUCAAAUAAAAAGUAUGUAUUACAUUUAUGGUUUUACUGUUUUAGAUGUGUAUUAUUUAUUGCUAAUAUUUAUUAAAACACCAGCUUUUAAGUUUUGUUUCAUUUAAAUUAAGCACAAGCUAUUUAAAACAAGGUGUAUGUAUGGACAUAUUGACAAUUUAAAGAACAACUCCCAGGUUCAGAUGAUGCAAAAAUGAAAGACAACCAAAACUGAGAUAAAAUGGCAAUACUGCUAAUUGACAUUCUUAAAACUACAUUUCAUUUUAACAGUUUCUCAACUAGAAUCUCUCCUUUACUCACAGCUAAAUUGGUGUACUCUCAUUAUAUAUAUAUAUAUGAUAUAUAUGUGUGUGUGUGUGUGUGUGUGUGUGUGUAUAAUAAAAUAGCAUUUUAAAAUCUAAGAACUUGCUGACAAAUAUGAUUCAUCUUUAUUCUGAAGUGCUCAGAAUAGCAGAGGACUGACAGCUUAGGUACCAUACUAAUGCAUACAUAACUACAUAGGUAGUUAGUUAUCUAUAUUGUAAUAAGUUGUUCACAGUCAUUACAUUGCAAAAAACUAAAUCUUAGCAAGUGAAAUUAUCUAAAUUUAAGGCAAUAAAUCUUAUUUUCUUCUCUGAUAAGACUUUUUGUCUUACUAAGCAUUGUGUAAGUGUUAGAUUAUUUUGCUUAUUUUAGGGAUAAUUAUCUUAAUCAUUCUUACUUAGAAUUUGUAAUUUGAACUCAAAAUAAGCACAAUUAAGCAGCAAUCAAGUUAUUCUGAUUCUUGUGUCCAUAAACAGUGACUUUUUUGCUUGAUUUAGGUGUUACUUCACUCAUUUUGAGACUUUGCCAUUGCUUUUUUGUAAGAAAUCUU